CGUCUCGCCAAUAUCUCUUCUGUCCUGUCUCGUUUUAUUUGGUAUUGGGGGAGUGGACGAGGGAGGCCCAUCGAAUCCACUUGGGUUUCUUCGCCGAUAAGGAUCGGUGGUUGGGGCUUUGUUCUCGUCGAGUCCGGUGUGUUUUUGGAGUUAAGAUUCUUUGCAAAGCCAGUGAAACUCUGUUCUCUCUCUUUGAAUCUCAAAAGCUAAGUGUUCAUGUCUGAUCUUGACGUCCAUAUUCCAACUGCAUUUGAUCCUUUUGCUGAUGCAAAUGCUGAGGACUCUGGUGCUGGUGCAAAGGAGUAUGUUCAUAUCCGCAUCCAACAACGAAAUGGCAGAAAGAGUCUGACAACUGUGCAGGGGCUAAAGAAAGAGUUUAGUUAUAACAAGAUCUUGAAGGACCUAAAAAAGGAAUUCUGCUGUAAUGGUACUGUGGUCCAGGACCCUGAAUUGGGCCAGGUUAUUCAACUCCAAGGUGAUCAGCGUAAGAACGUCUCGAGUUUCCUGGUUCAGGCGGGUAUCAUCAAGAAGGAGCAUAUCAAAAUUCACGGGUUCUGAAUAAUUGCAUAUCAUGCGUUAAGACUUGAGUUAUAUAUAUUGUUUCUGGCUGCUUGUAACAUGUAACUUAAGGGGACACUGUGUUGCGACUCCUGGGUCGCUGGUCUUCUGAUGGCUUAUCUCUCAGUGAUGUUUUCUGCCGUGAGAAGAAGCGUUGCAUUGUGUUAUGGUUUAUGUUCAUUUGUGUUGGUCCGGAUGUUUGAUCUCACCAUGACUAUUGUUCUUUUGGUCUAUGCGUUACAUUGCUGGUUAAAAUGGGUGGCCUAUUGCAUGAUAUGAA